CGCCGCUUUCGGCCUCUGUAGACCCGGAAGGGGCGGCCCUUCAGCUGUGUUCGGUUUGCUUUCCUUAGUAGCUUUGGCUUCCUUCGGCCGAGAUGUUGCUGCUGGUCGGGUUAAGGCUCCACGCUCCCGGCCUAAAACUCUGGCAGCAAAGCGCGGGAAGAUGUAGGGCGCUCCAGUCGGCUAAGAGGUCGAUAGGAAUCCCGGAGAAGCGCCAACCCUUCACGGUUUCCCAUUGCAAACUGCUAACGUCGCUUAGUUCUCCCCGAGCGUUUGCAUCCCGGUUUUGGCUGGGGAAAAACAAGCAGGUUCCAUUUCUCCAUGCAGAGUCUUUAUGUCGCUUUGGUACAUCAUCCCUGGAGGAACAUUCAGAAUAUGGAAAAUUAAUUUAUUCUGGAAGUUUAUCAAGAACUGUAUUAGGAGUGAAAAUUUUCUGUUUUACCACCAGCAUAAUUACUGCUUCCAUGUUGUUUGCCAUCAUACACAAGUAUGGCUUAAAUUUUGACAAACUCUACUCGGAAAUUGCUUAUUAUAGUGCCACACUAUUCUUUAUUUUCCUAACACCACUUCUCUUACAUUUAUUUACUAGAAGGUAUGUUAUCCGUCUGUACCAUAAACAUAAAACAGAUACAUAUACAGCAAUUACAUACAGUGGCAUUUUGAGAGAAAAGCAAACGUUAUUCCAUCAGAAAGAUGUAACUGUUCCAGACAUGAGCAAGACGUUCACAACAUUUUAUGUUAAAAGAAGAGCAAUGUUUGUUAACCCAUUCCAUUUUAAUUAUGCUGAAGACUACAGUCACCUUAUGGGUUAUGACAAACCCUUUCAGUUUAAUUUGAAGGACUCAAAAAUAUAGAAUUCUAAAAUGUCAGAAUCUGUAUAUAUUAUCUGAUUUCUCUUGAUGUUCAAAAGUCUUUUACAUAUUCUAGAUGACCUAAUAUUGCUUUUUUUCAUCAUUACUCUUGUUAUUUUAAAUAUUGAUAAGCAUGAUUAAAAGUGCUUUUAUUGGCAUGGGCAUUUAGUCUACUGAGCAAAAAGAUGGUCUUUUGUUGCAUCUUUGACCCCUCUUUAGAGUCCACUAUCUGAAGAGAGGGGGAUCAAAGAGGCCAUCUAGGUUAACAUUGGAGACCCUCUCUCAACUGGGGGGGGGGGGAAUACAGCACCACUAUUUCCUGUUUACAACACAGUUCCAAGAAGGCUCCACACCCAUUUGCAGUCUGAUUCACGUGACUCUUAUAAACCCCCAAUUGGCCUUAACAACUAGAGAAAGUACUAAUGACCAGGUGACUGCAAGGAAUAUAAAUCCUACCCACCCACCCCCAGUUCAGUCAGAACUGAAAAAGCUUGUAUGAGAAGCAAAACGUCCAGGAGGUGGGACCAAAGUACGUUGCCUGUUGGAAAAGUACUUUUGUGACAACAGCAUUUAUUUCACAGAUGGAUCAAUACAAUCUUCAAAGAAUCCUCACCCAGUUCUAAGAACUAGCUCAGUUUUAAGGAUGUUUUUUAUUUCUUUAUUUUUAAGUUUCUUUUUAUUGAGAUCAUCUUCAAUUUUCUGAAAACGAUUAUUGAGGAAAUUGCAAUUCACAAUUAUGGGUAAAUAAAGAAUGGAUGAACUUCAGUACUGUAAGGGAAGUGUUUUUACCACUAGAGGGAACUGAAUCACAAUAGUGUGUGACAUUUUUAAAUGCAGGCCCCUCUAAUGGAGUGUUCAAAAAGCAUGUAUUGUAAUAUACAUGGAGCCAUAAUUGGCUUCCUAGUAAGAAAUGACAAUGGGGCAUACACAAUUUUUUUAUUUUAAAAGAAUGUUCAUAAGGGUUAUUCUGUUUUUGGAUUGUUGACGCCGAUUUCAAAUUUGAGCAUUUUUUACAAUUUCAUAUGAAAUAUCACAAGAGUUCACUAGCUCUGGCAUAAGCGACAACACUGGCAAGAUUUGUUUCUUUGUAAGACUGAUUAAUAAAAAUAAUUAAAAAU